CUUGUCCAGUUCAUUUUUUUAUGCGUCCGUUUUGGGACAUGCGCAAAUCGUCUUGAGUUUCCGGCUGUUGUAGGGUUACUAAAGGGCAGGUCCUGGAGCGGGGGCGGCUGCGGGAUUACGUGCGGUGGUUGUAUAAAACGAAAAACAGAAGAGGAAGAACAGAGUUAGCACAAACGACAAUAGGCCAAACAAUGUGAAGAGCAAAUCGAGUACAUCAAAAUGUUAUUAAAGAAAUAUGUAAAAACGCGUCGCAAGGUGAAGAUUCUGUUGCUGGUGACGAUUGUGGCGCUGAUUGUGAUCACCUGCAUCAUUUUGCUGGGCAGUGCGGGGCCAAAUGGUUCGACCAUUGAGCGUUUGCUGGACGAACGUUUCAUUGCGCGCGCCUAUCAACCGCAGUCGGAGCAACUGCAGCAGCAGCAGCCAAAGGAGCAGCCUGUUCCUCUGCUGCAGUCUCGUCGGGAAAAUGGGGUCAUUGUGCCGGAAAAGUAUGACGAGCAGAAGAUCAAGUCGCGCAUCAUGGCGAAUCGUCUGCAGCAGGUGAAGCAACAGCAGCGGGACAACGAGGCGGAGCAGACACGCACCACUGUCGAUGCUCUGGCCACAGCUGUGCACAUUUUCUAUACGGCUCCUGUGCCGUGGUACAAGUCCAAGAAACCGCCACUGCCGCAGCCAGAGCAUCCCAAUGAGGUGGCUUUGCCGCUGACCACCCCAAAGCCAGUGAAGAUCCUGAAUACCGCUUUCUAUCCGGCCUUGGGCUUGUAUAAGCCGAGUGCCAAGCUGCUGGGUCAGCACUUUGAUAACAUCCGAAGCUGUGGCAUUGGCGUGCUCAUACUCAGCUUUGUUCGGCCAUCGGAUCCGGCGCUGCUUCAUCAAAUCCUCGAGCUGGCUCCACAGCAUAAUCUCAGCGUCACCUUUGAGCUGAGCGUAGCGGGCAAUCGUACGCUGGAGUUUGUACGUCAGCAGCUGCAGGAGAUUGCGGCAUAUGUGGAGCUGCCUGGCUUUUAUCGCGUGUGGAGUCAAUCUCAUGCGGCUUUGCUGCCCGUACUCUAUGUGAGCAACGCCUAUAAGCUAAGCGAGAGUCUUGGUCGCCAGCUGUGCCGGCCCACAGUUCAGGAGCUGGCCGAACAGCAGGCUGCGCACAAAGAGGCAGGCGGUCUACGCCGCGUGCUGGAUGCAUUGUUCAUUGGGCACAUCAGGCUCAAGAGUCAUGCGGAUGUGCUGCGUCGCUUGUGCUUCGAUGGCUUCUACAGCAAAUUGCCAAGCAAUGGCGCUGUCUUUGCCAGCACCUGGAAGAACUGGUCAUAUCUCAAGUCCUAUGCGCUCUCCUACAAAAUGUUGUUUGUGCCAACGGUGGGUCCAGGCUUUGCGGAGCGCAAUAAAUUUCCACGUCACGGGGAUAUUCAACGUCACCGGAGCAAUGGACGGUACUAUGGCGUAGCCUGGCGCACAGCUAUAUUGAACCAUGUGGGAUUCAUCAACAUAGCCAGCUACAACAAUUGGCCUGAUGGCAGCCAAAUCGAGGAGGUGAUGCCACGUGCCGGCUUCCUUGAUUACAAUCCCGGUUCGCGCACCAAGUAUCUAGAUCUGACGGCCCACUGGGUGGGCAAUUUCUUAAAGACCCGCCAGGAGGCGGCGACGGCGGCAGCGGGUGCGGCGCAGAACUGUUAUGAGCUGCUCAAUAAUACGAUUUGUUGAGGCCGACGUUGAUGCGUGCACAAUUCGUGAUCGAAGUUCAAGUUGAAGUGGAAGUCGAAGUUAGUUCACGGAAUAACUCAUAUCGUCGAUUCAAUGUGUUGCCUUACCCCAUGGAGCGGCCUCCAUUCGGUGUGCGUUUACUUUAAAUGCAAUCAAUUGCAAUUGCCACUCAAUUACUUUCUUAACUGUUAACAAGUCUUCUACUACUUAUAUGCCUAUAUAGCAACCAGAACAAUUAUCUAUGUAUCUGCCAAAAAGUAAAACUCUAUAUAAAGUGCAAGCAAUAUAUA